CUUUUCGUUCAGUAAAUUCGAUUACGCAUGCGCAUUACACACUUCCGCUAAUUUUAAAAUUUUGAACGUGAAAGUUUUAAUCGAUGUUUUCCAAUUUAGCUGACAAUCACGGUUUGACAGAACCAAUGACGCUAGGGUCUCCUGUAUCCAGCCCCCAGGGACAUGCUGCACAUACUCCCUCUACACCUCAGAUACAGCAUGGUCAGCCUUACCUACCAGGGUAUCUAUUAGGAGACCCACAGCCAUCUGCAUCUCCAAGACUAUGGUCAUCAUCCAGUGGGGGAAGUCCAAACACCAGCAAAAUCAACCUAAAUCGUAGUGGAUCUUGGACAUCACCCAAUCAUGCAGGGUCACAUACACCAAUGGGAUCACAUACACCUAGAACGGAGACAAGACAGAGGGAUCUUCUUGGACAUAGAACAAAAGAUAAGGUCGGGGCCCCACCAGUGCAAGGUUUGUGGGAACAAACAGCCCCUCCCACACAGAGUCCGUACCCUGGGCCCCCUGGGGCAACUCAGCUUGAAACAUCUGGAAUAUCCCGAUCUAUGCUCAAUACCCCUGGCCAGUCUACCCAACAGGCCCAUGGUAAUGAGAGUAUUUUUAGUCCCAAUCAGAGUCAUAGUUUUAUUCAGCAGUCUGUGGCAUCAUCUCCACCCCAAGUAGAUCCCUUUUACACACAGGGAGAGGCAAUAUCUCCAGAUGAAAUAUUAGAUGAAACAUGGGUGACCAUAUAUGGCUUUCCACCAGCAGCGACAUCUUUUGUUAUGCAGCAAUUUUCCCAGUAUGGCAAUAUAUUGAAACAUGUGGUAGCCACUGAAGGCAACUGGAUGCAUCUACACUACCAGUCAAAAAUACAAGCUAAGAAAGCACUGAGCAAAAACGGGAAAAUAUUUGGCAAUAGUAUUAUGGUGGGGGUGUCUCCAUGUAUUGAUAAGAGCAUAAUGGAGGCUGUCCCAGCAUCCUCAGUAAACACAUCACAGCUCAGUCAUCUUAACACGUCACAGUUUCCUGGUGGCCACACCCCACACUUAGCUGACAUGAGCUGCGACCAAAGUAUGAGACCAACACCAAUAAGACCACUCACUGCGGCAUAUAGAGCUGCCAGUAGUGAACAUGAGGUCGUACAGAAUGGUAGCACGCCACGUAAAAGCUCAAACAUUGUAUCUAAGGCAAUGGAAUACAUGUUUGGUUGGUGAACAAAGAACAAAAUAGUACAAGGCAUUUCAUACAGUGUCCUUUGAACAUGAGAAUUUUAUACUUCACAGGAAAGUGAUAUUAUGUUAUGUUUUAACCAAUCAAUGAAAUUAAAUAUGAAUCAUUGAUUAAAGCUAGAGUCGCAGACUUAAUGCCAAUGAAGGAUUGAAAAGGAUAUUUCUAGAACCUCUGACGACAGAGAAGACAAUAGCUCCUCAGAUCAAUAGCCAAUGGAAUAAUUGUAAGCAAAUUCUCCUUGUGUAAUGCCAAUCCAAUGACU